AUGUCCUCAACAUACACGUCGAGAGCGGCCUCGCCAUCAGCCUCAUACCCAGGCACACCAGCCACAGAACGCUCAGUGCUCUUCGACAAUGUCGACCUACCUCAGUACAUUCUCGUCACAGGCGGCCUGGGCUUCAUUGGAUCACAUACCGCGGCUGAGCUUCUCAAGUCCGGAUACAAUGUGUUGAUUGUCGACAAUUGCAUGAACUCACAUCGACGCGUCUUUGACCGGAUAGUUCAGAUCGCAGACAACCACUAUGCCGACUCACCACAAAAAAGACCAGAUGUCAAGCUGUUCGAUAUCAGCUACCAGGACAUUCCGGCAAUGCAGAACCUUCUGGACCAAUACACCAGCUGGUCAUUGUCCGGAGAUCGGCAGAGCUCGAUCAUCGGCGUUAUCCAUUUUGCUGCCCUCAAGGCCGUAGAGGAGAGCAUCCGCAUGCCUCUGAAGUACUACCGCAACAACAUCAACGGUCUGAUCGACUUCCUCAGCCUGCUGGACGAGUACAACGUCAAGAAGUUCAUCUUCUCGUCAUCGGCCACCGUAUACGGCACUGUUGCUGACCGAGGUCUGCCUGUCCGCGAAGAGAGCUGUGUACACAAGCCCACGUUGUACCAGGACAAGGACUCGGAGCAGUUGGCCGAGCAAGGUUGCACAGGCCUCACCAAUCCUUACGGUCGCACAAAGUUCUUUGGCGAGGCUAUCCUUGCCGAUCUCGCAGCGUCAGAUCCAUCUUGGACAAUCCUGGCCCUGCGGUACUUCAACCCUAUCGGCUGUGACGAGUCUGGUCUCAUUGGCGAGGAUCCAAAAGGCGUCCCAUCGAAUCUUCUGCCGGUCGUGACGAAGGUCAUGACUGGCGAGUAUGCUGAGCUCAAGGUCUUCGGCGAUGACUGGAACACGCCCGACGGCACAGCUAUCAGAGACUUCAUCCACGUCACUGAUCUGGCACGAGGACACAUCGCCGCCCUCUCAACGGCUCAGGGCGAGUGCCUGAAGGAGAACUUCCGCACGUUCAACCUCGGUACAGGCACUGGCUAUUCUGUCGAGCAAGUCGCCUCAACCAUGGAGACAGUCUCAGGCCGUCCAGUCAACCGACGAAAGGUCGAGCGUCGUGCGGGCGAUGUCGGCACAUGUGUCGCUGUCGCUGAUCGUGCUCGGGUAGAGCUCGGUUGGGAAACUCAGAAGUCGCUGAACGAUGCAUGCCGCGACAUCUGCAACUUCCUUGAGCUCAACAAAUCGUGA